AGGGAUGAACGUGUCCGAUCCUCAGACUCUUCAGGAAAUGGAUGUCGUUGAGCAUGACGAUCUUGUUGAGGUGCUCCCAGCCGGCCCGCGGGCAGUAUCAUCUGGAGAGCAAUCACUUGAUGGGAGUAUUGACGAAGAAAGGGGAGCGCUGUCAGAUUCAGACGUCAAUCAUGUUGCCAGAACUCACACCCUUGCAUCGCAGGUGAAGGGCCCGUCAUCCGAUGCUCUAGAGGAGUCUUGCAGAAUGGAGGCCGUGGCUAGGGAAAGAGGUUCGGAAUGGGAAGACAUACUAGGAAGUGGCAAGCUUAUGAAAAGAAUUGUGAGAGACGGGAGAGGGGGCGAGCGACCCACGGAUGGGCAAUGGGUGACGAUCAAGGUAGUGGAUACCCUGCGAGGAGUGGACUCACAUGAUCGGCUGACAUUCAUACUCGGUUUCAGUAUGGUCAUCGAUGCUUGGGAGCUUGUCACGAAACUAAUGUAUGUGGACGAAGUGUCCGAAAUUCGAGUGAAAUCUUACCUGGCUUAUGGCGAAUGCGGUCUAGAUGACAUUAUCCCUCCUAAUCAGGACCAAGAGUACAGGAUCGAGCUCCUUGAAAUUGGUGAAUCUCCCAAAUACACGACAAUGACAGAGGAGGAGUUGUCAGAUUUUGUUCUUAUGCUCAAAGAUCGAGGCAACUUUUACUUUAAUCGAAGGGAGUAUGAUAAGGCCAUUUUUGUCUAUAAGAGAGCUUCUACCAUAAUUGAUGUUCCGAAGAACAGCGAAGCACUUUGCAAGCUGUUUUCGGCUCUACACUCCAAUCUCGCCGUCUGCUAUGCCAAGCUUGAGGAUUGGAAUGAGGUGUUAAAAUGCACAGACGAAUCUCUACGUCUGCAUGAGGCAAAUACGAAAGCUUUAUUUCGAAGGGCUGCGGCUCUUUCAGUGCGUAAUGAUACUGAGGAAGCAAUGGACUGUCUGAAGCGUGCUCUCGAGAUUGAUCCCCACGACGCGGUGGUCCAGUGCGAGAUAGAAAGACUUGGAGGAAUCCGUAAGCGACGUCGUGCAGAAGAGAGGGCACUGUACCGCAAAAUGUUGUCUGGUGCGGGUGAUGCGCCUACAUCUCAUCGCCGUUUCGACUUUGUAACCUACCGUCUCAUUGCUAUCGAGCUGUCCACGUUACCGAAUAGUCGCCACGUUUUCGAGUCCCUUUACAAGAUUUAUCGAUUCUGCGGCGCAAAUAUUGCAAAAGUAUAUGUAGACUUCUAUAUAUUCCUUCCCCAGGAAUAA